AUGCCACAACAGACUUCGAUAUGGCAACAUUCUCGAGCUUACGUCCUAGCUCUCGCGGCCUUCAUGGGCAUUUUCAUGUUCGGAUAUGACACUGGUCUUGGGGGUGGUUUGAUUGUCCUUCCAAGUUUCCUCAGAGAUUUCGACAUGUUAGAUCUCGACGCUCAAGCUCUGGCAAACCGAAAGGGAAAUGUCGUGUCAAUUCUUCAAGGAGGAUGUCUCGCUGGAGCUUUGUUGGCUGCACCUCUUACCGAUCGUAUUGGUCGUCAAAAAUGUCUCAUCGUCAACUGUUUCGCAUUUCUGCUUGGUGCAAGUUUGAUGACCGCCUCUCCUGGUAAUCUUGGAAUGUUCUACGGUGGUCGAUUUACUGUUGGUCUUGGUGUGGGAGCCAUGUCAAUGGUUUGUCCCACUUACGUCUCCGAGCUCAGUCCCAAACACAUUCGAGGAAGAAUCACCGGGCUGUUCCAGGUCAUCGUUGUUAUUGGAGUGGCAGCUUCAUACUGGAUCACCUACGGUGUACAAUUCAUGGAGCCUACCUCGGCACAAUGGCGAAUCCCGGUCGGUUUCCAGCUUGUUCCCGUCGGUUUGAUGCUUUGCGUCUUGCCUUUUAUGAAAGAAUCCCCUCGUUGGCUUGCGACCCAUCACAGAGAUGAACUCGCUCUGAAGAACCUUGCCUGGAUCAGAAAAACCUCUAUCGAUGACGAGGAGACCAGAGCCGAAUUCGAGGAGAUCGUCGCUUCUGUCGCUGAAGAAGAGGCAGUCACAGGUGGUCGUACAUGGAAAGAAGCGUUCAUCCCUGGUAAUCGGAUCCGAUUUUUCAUUGCUUUCGCCAUCUUCACCUUCCAGCAAUGGUCAGGCCAGAACAGUAUAAACUAUUAUGCGCCUGACAUCUUCAAAUCGAUAGGAAUCAAGGGAGCUAGCACUAGUUCACUUGCUUCAGGUAUUUAUGGUAUUGUCAAGAUUGUUGCCACAGCUAUCUUUAUCUUUUUCGGUAUCGAGCGAUUCGGUAGAAGAUGGUCCCUGACAAUCGGUCUUGGAUUAAUGAGCUUGUUUCUUUGGAUCAUUGGAGCCAUAUUCAAUACCCACCCUCCGGAUGCAAACGCCGCUAACCCCUCUGGCGCAUCCCUCGGUAUGGCCGCAUGUAUCUAUCUAUUUGUCAUUCCGUACUGUUUCUCAGUUGGGCCUGUGCCAUGGGUAUACUGUGCGGAGAUCUUCAACAAUCGAACGCGAUCAUAUGGUCUGAUGACAGCAAGCGCCACACAAUGGCUGUGGAAUUUGAUCGUGUCAAGGUUCACUCCCAACAUUGUACUGUCGUUGAAGCACGGAGGUGUAUUCUUUUUCUUCGCGUCCAUCAACAUUUUCGCGACUAUUGCCGCUUUCUUCCUUCCUGAGACAAAAGGUCUGGCCCUCGAAGAUAUGGAUGUUCUCUUCGGUCUGAUUGACGCUGAUCAAAGACGAGCCGAUCUCGCUAGAGCAGAAGCGGGGAGAAGUAUUGAAAAGGAUGAUGAUCUGCUGGAUGAGAAGCCUGGAGACACCAAGAUCGAGCGGGUCUAA